AGAGCCCAUGCGAAACCCUCGCUAAGUAAUCAUUGCGCGCUCUGAUAUGCCGCCUACAAAUAAAGGACCAAAAUCUGAUUUCGUUGAGAAAACUAAAAAUUGGCAAACUAUUUGAGAGCUAGCUAGAGUAGAAAUUGGCAUUAUAGAGACUGUAACCGGCUUGCGUAACGUCAUGAGUGUCACCCUUCUUUCUGUUGAUUUCCUCACAACUGGCUUGAAAUGGAGACCAAACACCCUCUCCAAAACCCUAAAUAUCAAAUAUUUCAAAUCCCCAGUUUAUUUUCCUUCUUCCUCAUCUAUAUCUUCUUCAGUUCUGAACUUAAAAUCCCAUUAUCACCAGGCAAGCCCACAGACGAACUCAACAAAGCACACAACCCUCCUGGUAGAGACCUUCCAUGAAAACCAGAAACUCAAGGACCUGCUCGGAAAGGUCCGCAGAAAUGACUCAAACCUUCUUCAAAUCCUCAAAAAUGAAGGAGAUUGGACUACAGACCAGUUCUGGGCGGUAGUGAGGUUCCUCAAAGAAACCUCUCGUUUCAGAGAGGUUCUCCAGGUAUUCAAUGUGUGGAAGAACAUUCAGAAGUUCAGAAUUAAUGUGCUUAAUUAUGAGAAGAUUAUAUACUUGUUAACUGGAGCUGGUCUGAUGGAUGAAGCAACAAUAUUGCUUCAAGAUAUGAAGAGCAGCGGUUUUAUCCCGACUUUGGGUAUCUACAAUUGCAUGAUUCAUGGGUUUGCUCAAAAGGGAGAGUUUGAAGAUGCGUUAUGUUAUUUUAAGGAGAUGGCAGGGAUCAAUUUGAAGCCAGAAAUUAAAACUUACAAUGGGCUUAUUCAAGCUUAUGGUACUUACAGAAUGUAUGAUGAGAUGAGUAAGUGCGUGAAGAAAAUGGAGUCAGAGGGCUGUUUUCCUGAUCAUAUUACUUAUAAUUUAUUGAUUGCAGAGUUUGCCAGAGGUGGGUUGCUAAAAAGAAUGGAAAGAGUGUAUAAGACUCUCCUUUCAAAGCGUAUGGGUUUGCAAGCUUCUACUUUAGUUGCAAUGCUAGAAGGUUAUGCAAACCUGGGGAUUCUUCAGAAGAUGGAGAAGACUUAUCGAAGGGUUCUUUACUCAAAGAUCCCUUUAAAGGGGGAUUUAGUUAGGAAACUGGCUAAAGUUUAUAUCAAGAAUUACAUGUACUCACGGUUGGAGGACUUAGGACUUGACUUUGCCUCAAGAAUGGGGGUGAGUGAUCUUGUUUGGUGUAUUCGGCUUCUAUCUCAGGCUUGUCUUUUAAGCCGGAAAGGCAUGAAUCACAUCAUCCAAGAAAUGGCAGCAGAAAAGUCUUCAUGGAAUGUGACAGUUGCAAACAUCAUAGCACUGGCUUAUUUGAAAAUGAAGGAUUUGAGACACCUGAAUAUGUUAUUACAUGAAAUUCAAACUCGAUGUGUGAAACCUGAUAUAGUAACUAUUGGAGUCUUCUUUGAUGCUGAAGCAAUUGGCUUUGAUGGGACCAUAGCUUUAAAAGUAUGGAGAAAGAUAGGGUUACUGCAGGAGGCUGUAGAAAUGGACACCGAUCCUCUGGUUCUUACAGCUUUUGGAAAAGGGCAUUUCCUUAGAAGCUGUGAAGAGAUGUACUCCUCUCUUGAACCAAAAGAUAGACAAAAGAAAAUCUGGAGUUACAAAGAUCUAAUUGUUUCUGUGUUGAAACACAGUGGAAGAAAUUCUUGUAUCCUAGGAACUAAAACAGAUCCUGUUGCUUAUCAAAAGAAGGUAAGCUCACUCUAAUUAAGAGUGUCUUGUCUUCACUC